AUGUUCCUCCAACGCACAGCCUUCGCCCUCGCCAGGCGCACCCCUACCCGGGCUCUCGCUGCCCGUCCCUUUUCUUCCUCCGUCACCCGCUUCAACGCCAAGAAGUAUGAGGUGAAGCAGGAGGGCAAGAUCCUUCCCUUCGAUGAGAUCAAGACCGAGGACGACCUCAUCCCCCCGGGUGCUAAGGCCGGUACCGUUCCCGUCGAUAUCGAGCACGCCACUGGUCUCGAGCGUCUCGAACUCGUCGGAAAGAUGCAGGGCAUUGACAUCUUCGACAUGCGUCCCCUCGAUGCCUCCCGCAAGGGAACCCUUGAGGACCCCAUCAUCGUCAACGGUGCUGGUGACGAGCAGUACGCUGGUUGCACUGGUUUCCCCGCCGACUCUCACCAGGUCAACUGGUUGACUGUCUCCCGUGACCGCCCCAUCGAGCGCUGCGGCGAGUGCGGUAACGUCGUCAAGCUCAACUACGUCGGCCCCUUGGAGGACCCCCACGCUCACGACCACGACCACGGUCACGGCCACCCCCCUCACGAGGAGCCCAAGACCUUCGCCGACUUCGUCAAGCCUGAGUACUGGUACCGGUAA